AUGGCAAAUCAAAAGCAGAUGAGAACACAGAUAUUAAUCACCGACAUUCCCAGUGGCAAAUUUACCAGUAAAUGGCCCACACAGUUGGAAAAGACUUUAUUCAAGGAGCAGUUUCCUAAUUUACAAAGUCGCUUGCAAUACUACACUCCACUACCAUUUUUGAACAGAAUUAUAAUUAUAUUCGACAAUGAAGAUGACACACUGCAAGUAUUCAAGUUUUUACAGGGUCUGCUGCCCAAAGAAAACGGCGAUUCGAUGAAGUUAUUUGUUACUGAGUCCCUUCUAAACAGCCAACAUCCUCGUUCCCGUUCUACAGACGACGCUGCGGCCUUCCAAGGUGACGGUUCGCCAUUCUUGGAGGAAGGACAUAGCAAGCCUCUUUUAUCUAUUAAUACAGAUCCAGGGGUCACUGGAAUAGACGGCUCAUCCCUAAAUAAAGGAGGAUCUUCGUUGUCCCCCGAUAAAUCAUCGCUGGAAUCGCCCACAUUUCUAAAACUUUCGACGGAUUCAAAGCCAUUCAGUUACCAAGAACCGCUGCCCAAGCUCUCCAGAUCGUCUUCUUCAACUUCAAAUCUGUCUUUGAACGGAAGCUCACAGACAUCUUUGCCUUCACAACCAGAAAAUAAGGAUAAGUCAACGUCAGACACCAAAUGUCUUUUCGCUUCUAAGCCAUUAGGAUUAACUAUUGACACUUCCGCUGGUAGUAACGCUGCAUCACAUGUUCAAAGUAAAGCGAAUGGUAGUACGUCGAAUCCCCCAAAAAGUCCAAGCAUAACGGUUAAUGAAUUUUUCCAUUAG